AGCCAUGAUCGAGGUGUUGGCCAAGCUGGGCCGUGGGCCCGUCUUCCUGGCAGGGGAGGUGCUGGAGUGCGUGAUCACUUUCACCAACCCGUUAUCGGCCUCGUCUACCUCCGCCAGCAGUGAGAUGCUGGCGUGGGCCAGCGCCCAGAUCCACUGCCAGUUUCACGCCAGCGAGAACCGGGUAGCGCUCCCUCCCUCUGAUGGCAGCAAGCACGACGUGCAGGCGGAGAACGAGACAGUCUUCGUCCCCAACAGAGGAGAGCGGGGUCAGUGUAUCCUGUCCACUCCACCAAAGAUUCUCUUCUGUGACUUGCGACUGGAUCCCGGGGAGUCAAAGUCCUAUUCAUACUGUGAGACGCUGCCCAUAGACGGCCCUCCCUCCUUCCGGGGACAGUCGGUGAAGUACGUGUACAAGCUGACCAUCGGCUGCCAGCGUGUCAACUCCCCAAUCAAGCUCCUGCGCGUUCCCUUCCGUGUCCUCGUGCUGCACGGGCUCAAGGAUUACCAGUUCCCACAGGAUGAGGCGGUUGCGCCCUCAAACCCCUUCCUGGAGGAGGAAGAGGGCUUGAAGAAAGACUCUCGCCUGGCAGACCUGGCAACAGAACUGCUCAUGGUGGCCACCUCCCGACGCAGCCUGCACCUGUAUAACAUCAGCAACACUCGUGGGAAGGUGGGGACGUUCUGCAUCUUUAAGACCGUGUAUAAGAUCGGAGAGGACGUCAUUGGGACCUUUAACUUCUCGGAAGGAGACAUCCCAUGUCUGCAGUUUUCGGUGAGCCUGCAGAUGGAGGAGAGCAUCCAGGAAGAGUUCCAGCGCCGGCGGGGGCAGCCCGUCUCCUUCAGCACGCACGCUCGCCAUCAGGAGGCCUGCCUGCACACGGCCCAGAGCAGCUUCAGCCUGCCCAUCCCGCUCAGCUCUACCCCGGGAUUCACCACCAACAUCGUGUCCCUGAAGUGGAGGCUGCACUUUGAGUUUGUGACCUCUGGGGAGUCGGCGGGGACUUGCCUGGUUCGUGGGAGCCAGUCGGAGGCCGUCACCUGGACUGGGGUGGAGCAGAUCGAAGUGGACACUUUCAGCUGGGAUUUGCCCAUCAAAGUCCUUCCCACCAACCCCAUCCUGGCUUCCUACGUAUCUCAGUUCUCCAGCACUAACUCCAUCACCAUCUGAAGCGCAGAGAGCUGGUAGGGGCCUGCGGUGCGGCAAGCGCGUGCCGCCGGUGGGAAUGGCGGGCAGGACUGUCACCGGCAUGCUGCACGCGUGCAUCCCAAUGUCCCCAUGGGUUCAUCUGCAACGCCCAGGUGGACACCAGGCAAGUCCGUCCCGCCUGUGGGUGGAGGAGCGCUGUGCUUGCUGCGGUGUCUUGUGCUGCAGCCCUCAGCUGGGAGCUGGACCCUUCCUGCCUGGGUGAAGGUGCGAGUCCCAGCACUCGCCAAAAAGAAAUCUGCCUCCCAGGCAACGGCCUGAUGUGCCUUUACCCAGUGAGGGGCUUCCACGAGGGAAAGGCCCAGCCCAGGGAAAGGAGAGGGGACCUCUUCCAAUGAAGCCAUGUACCAGCCUUGGGUGAAGGCCCUCCCCGCUACAGAGACCC